GACCUCGGGAAGCUGCAAGCUGCUAAUCGAGGAGGCAGCGGUGGGGGGGGAUAAAGUCCAGAUUCCUUCCAAGAAGUCUAAUCUCUGGCAAAUGUGCGCGCACACGCCGUUGCCUUUCCCAGCUGUUGCUGGGGGCUUUGCAAUAGGACGCAGCCCCAGCUCCUUGCCGUGCUGCAGCCUCUGCCUUGGGAAGAGGAGGAAAAGGCAGCUGGGGAAGGAGCAUUCAGGAGAGGAGAGGAGAGGAGCGGGCGGCUGGCCCCGCCGCUGGGCAGGAGGGGCGGGGAGGCGGAGGCUGGCGCAGGGAGCAGCGCGUACCUGGAGCGCGGGGGAGCCUGUGGAGAGGAGGGCACAGCGGGCUGAGGCUGUGCCCCGCCGCUUGUGCUCGCCUCCGCUCGUCUUCGAGUGUGCUAGAGAAAUUCGGGGACGUGUUGUGUUCCCUUAUUUCCCUCCUCUCUUCUUUCCCUUUCUGAAGAGAAGAGUCAAUGAGAAGAGAUGCGGAGAGGAACGGGAAAGUGAAAUUCUAAGAUGCUGCGAGGAACUUUGAUCGCUUUCCUCACAUCCCUUUCCUUGCGUAGAAAUGGAAACGGCACCCCGCUCCCUCCGGUGCGGAGCGGCUAGCGUGGGAAAGCAGACCCUGGCAGCUGAAUGAGAAUGUGAUGCAUGAAGAACCUUCUGCUCACUUUGUACACGAGGGAUGGAAAUCUCCAAAAUACUCGGGUUCCUGGUAGAGCUCUCAAGUCUGCUAUCUUGUCUCAGAUGUGUGGAGGCUUUCCUGGGAUCCAAGCCCAACCAAAACCAUUUGCACAGUGCAGUGCCCAGUGUCUGUGCUGUGGGACCUCUCGGGUACUACAACGGCUCACUGGCAGUCACCGAGGCCGGGGCAGAGUGUCUCAACUGGGCAGAGUUCCCUGAUUAUAUUCAGCAGUACCCGGACCGUGGCCUGGGGGACCACAACUUCUGCAGGAACCCAGACGGGGGAACAACGCCCUGGUGCUUCUACAGGCUUGUGUCAGGAGCCAUUGGCUGGGCCAACUGUGACUGCAACCAAGGUGCUGUGCGGUUGGCUGAAGACAGUAGUGUGGAGCUGUACUUCAAUGGACUCUGGGGUACCAUCUGUGCUGACCACUGGACUGACUGGGAUGCCAGUGUUGUCUGCAGGCAACUAGGUCUCAGUGAGAUCGGCACAGCUGGGAAGAAGAGUCAUUCCAGACCAUGGCCUGUUCCCCUGCACCUGCAGUCAGCAAACUGCCAUGGAGAUGAGGAAGCCCUGCUGCAAUGUGGCUAUCAGGAAGCUCUGUCAGGAUCUUGUAACCAGGGGAGUGCUGUGGUAACUUGUGUUCCUCCACAAGGUGUAGGUGCCCCACUUCGUAUAGUUGGGGGGAAGGAGAGCUUUGAAGGGCGAGUGGAGGUUUACCAUGAUGGCAAGUGGGGAACCAUCUGUGAUGAUCAGUGGGACGACCGGGAUGCUGAAGUAGUCUGUAGACAGCUGGGACUCAGUGGGACGCCAAAAGCCUUGUCAUGGGCUCACUAUGGGCAGGGAUCUGGCCCAAUCCUGCUGGAUGAAGUGCAGUGCUCAGGGAAUGAACUCUCCCUCGAUCAGUGCAAGAAGAGUGACUGGGGACAGCAAAACUGUGACCACAUUGAAGACGCUGGGGUGUCCUGUGACCCUUUCACAGAGGGCAUGGUCCGGCUGGCUGGUGGCCGCAGCCCCAGCGAAGGCAGGGUGGAAGUUUACUACAAUGGAGACUGGGGCACAGUGUGCGACGAUGGCUGGACAGACCUCGGUGCCCAAGUGGUCUGCAGGCAGUUGGGCUUCAGUGGUCCUGCUGCCCUGGCUUCUGAAGGAGACUAUGCUUCUGGCCAAGGCUUCAUCUUACUGGAUGACGUGGCAUGUGUAGGGACAGAGCUGUCUCUCCUGGACUGUCCCCACAGCAACUGGGGGCAGCAUGACUGUUCCCAUGUUGAGGAUCUGGGAGUCCGCUGUUCCCCAGAAAGCAACACGGUCAUGGAUGGCAGCCUGGGGCCUCCUGUGCGGCUGGUGGAUGGAGAAAGCGCCAAGGAGGGCCGGGUUGAGGUACUGCUGAAUGGGCAGUGGGGCAGUGUCUGUGACGAUGACUGGACAGACAGAGAUGCCACUGUGGUUUGCAGGCAACUGGGAUUCAGUGGUACAGCAAAAGCCAGGUCAAUGGCUUAUUUUGGCGAAGGCCAUGGGCCCAUCCAUCUGGAAAACAUAGAAUGCAGUGGCAUGGAGCACGCCCUGGGGCAAUGUGCCACGCCUGACACCAGGAUUCACAGCUGCUGGCACAGUGAGGAUGCUGGGGUGAUCUGUGACUAUGUGGAAGAAAAGGUCCAAGAUAUCAGGAGAACAGGUCCAGAGUCUGGUGUGUGUGGGAUGCGCUUGCUCCACCGUCGCAAGAAAAGGAUCAUAGGUGGAAACAAGUCUCUGAGGGGCAGUUGGCCAUGGCAGGCCUCACUGCGGCUGAAGGGUUUUCGUCGAGACACUCGUCUGCUGUGCGGAGCAACACUGAUCAGCAGCUGCUGGGUGGUGACUGCAGCCCACUGCUUCAAAAGGUUUGGUGUUGAUGUGCGGCGCUACCUCCUGCGAGUGGGCGAUUACCACACAGGUGUGAAGGAUGAGUUUGAGAGGGAGCUGCCUGUGGAGAGGAUUGUCCUCCACAGAAACUACUGGGCUGGCAGCAAUGAUAAUGACAUAGCCCUGGUCCGGAUGCGGGGCAGAGAAGGGCACUGUCUCUCCUUCAAUCACCACGUUCUGCCCAUCUGCCUGCCUGACAGGAGAGAGAGGUCUGACAUCAACAGGCAAGCCUGCAUCAUCUCUGGCUGGGGAGACACAGGGAAAUCCUAUUCCAGAACCCUGCUGCAGGGGGUGGUGCCCCUUCUCCCGCGGGAAGACUGUGAGGCCCGUUACGGGCAGAAGUUCACCAACCGCAUGAUUUGUGCUGGGAACCUCUCUGAAGAUAAACGGGUGGACAGCUGUCAGGGUGACAGUGGAGGGCCACUCAUGUGUCAGAGAUCAAAUGGACGCUGGAUCAUUUUGGGCAUCACUUCCUGGGGGUAUGGCUGUGGUCGGAAGGAUUCACCCGGUGUGUACACAAAGGUCAGCAAAUUCGUACCCUGGAUCAAGAAAGUGACCAAGCUAAAAUGAAAAUGACUGAGCUCUUGGAAUUUCAGCAUAUGGUCCUUUGGCCCUGCAGUAGGAGAAGGCUGUGGCUUUUGGCCUGUGACUGAUGGAGAUUUAUUUUGUCAUUGAACAUUGGCAAAAGAUUUUAAUGUGGAACUGGAAGGAAAACAGUUAUGACCAAUUCUUUAAAGUCUUUGGUUUCACUUUAGUCUGUAAUCUGUAAGCAGAGAAAGCAGGUGCACAGUGGUAACAAUGAUAAGUACACGUUCCUCUAAAUACCAGAAUCCUUUAAUGCAAUCACACUUAUUCCUUUGCCCUGGCACACAUCAUGGUUGUAUGUUUGGAAAGUUGAAACAUAUUGCAAGGAGAGGUGAGAUGCUUGGAAGAUGGCACCAGGUGUAGGCAUAGUGGAAAUCUUCAGUUUUUUGGUUUUUUUUUUUUUUUUGUUUUUUUUGGUUUUUUUUCUUCAUAACAGCUCUUUUCAGUUCCAGGAAUCAGAAGAUUUGACCUGAGUUGAGGAAUAGGCUAACAGUUGGGUUUUUUAGCUUCCCUGAUAUGUCUCUAGGGGGAACCUUUUCUCUUCUGAAUAGUAGGUCUGCUCCCAUAGGAUCCCUUUCAAGUGUCUGCCUAGACUAAGAGAUGCUUGUCCCUCCUGCUGUAAUCCUUUGUCACACAUUUCCAUCUGCCAGAUGCUGUGAUUUUAUUGCUGCUUUUUUGCUAUAGUAGUUUGUGUGUGUGGUUGGACUUUUUUUUGCUUCCCCUAAGUAGCAUCUUCUAGAAUCCGUUGUUGGUGUGAGAGGCAGUAGCUUUCUUGCCCUUGUGAUUACUAUGAAGAACUUAAAAAUCUGACCUCAAGUGGCUGAAUAGACUUGUCAUUUUUCUUAAAUCCAAAUGUAAUGUUAAUCUCAAAUAUUCAGGUGUUGAAUCAUGCUUUAACAGCACUGUGGGGACUUCCUACUGGUCCCUUAUUCAUCAUAGUUUUUAGCUGCCCUUUGUUUGUGCUGCUAGUCUUUAGUAUUUCUGUGUUCACAGUUUUCCAUGAAACAUGGAAAUAUUCCUGGGGCAUAGAUACACCUCAAGCAAAUUACUCACUCCUUGUGAAAAACAGUAAGUGUGCUGCAAAGCAGCUUCCCACUUUUGUGAAGUAUGUCCUAUUCUUGAAACCUCUGGGCCAUGCUUCCUUUUUUCUCUUCUUUGCACUCUUUCUCUUUUCAUUCCUCUCAGUGGGAGUAAACUGGAUUAACUUGAGGGUAUGCAAGGACUGUCAUCAAGCUGCAGUUCUCAGCCUGAACAGAUACAAUGCUGAGAGAAAGCAGGGGUUAUUGAAUAUUACAGUUUCUUCCUUCUGUCUUAUCCAAACAAAUGAACAGACUUCCCUCUUGCGCCUUAAGCACUUUUUAAAAUUAAUAUAUUAUUCUUGAAUAGUAAAAAAAUGUAAGUAGACAGAAGGGCUAAGUGCCUUAAUAGUUGUGCAGUGCAGCAUUUUCUCACUGUGUACAGAUAAGGCAGAGAGGAGACAGGUCUGUGUAGGAGGAGGAGCAAAAAGCUUUGAUGUAUAACCAAGGGCUUGAAUGUGGAGGAUUAAUACAGGAUGGGACAUGUGGAACUUGUGCCAGAUGUGCAUGUUUUGGGUAGGCAGCAAUUGGGUCAGGCACUGACCUUCUGUCUGGAAGGUUUGCACUCAGGGCAUCGAGGUAUAUCUGGGUAUUACCAAUGCAAGAACAGAAGUCAGAGCACAGUCUGUGGAUUAGCAAUGUCAUAUUACAGGGCAUAUGGUGACAGAAAUUGCCUUGUGUUCAAGAAGUAGUGAUUUCCUAAAGCUUUAAUUUGUCUUCUAUAAAUUAGCUUAAUGUAGAGGUGCUGACCUGACUGGGUGGCUGAUUUUUGUGUGUGAAGGCUAAACUAAACCAGUUUCAUUUACCCUUUCCAGGUAUUAUAGGAUAGUUGGACUACUAGUGUUGCAAUGGACUGUUCUAAAAUCCUGCUUGCAAACUUUAUUUUAAUGAAGAAUUUGAAUAUCUUUGAAAUAUUCAAUGUCAGAACACCUGCAAACUGGCCUUUGAGACAAACCUGAUCUGUUUGUGCCUCUUCUUGAGCUGCUGAAUGUCUUCAGCACAGCUUUGUGCUGAUAACCCUGUUUAAAAUGCCAGAUUUGAUCCUUUGGCAGCACUGUGCUUGGCUCCACAUGGGCCGUGCUGUCCUAUGGCUCCUGGCAGAGGAGCAAGCUGCAGACUGCUCCUAUCUCCCAGGAAUUAAAAUGCCAAGAGGACCGAGGGCAAUUAUGUCACAGACCUCUCACCUUGUGGGAGAUGAAAUGCCAAGUUCUACACUGGCAGGAGCAGUACCUGUCUGGGAAACAUGGAGGGAUUUGACUUUUACCUUCAGCUUCCCCUGAGCCAGCAUGCUACAGCAACUCAAAUGGAGUUUCUGUGCCUUGGGUGCUGGGACAUCUCUAGUUUAACCUGGUUUGAUCUUUCACUUUAACCCCAACAAGCAUAGAAACACCCGAAGGAUGACGCUGUGAGGUUAUUUCCCUAAGCUUACUUAGCAAGUGGCCAUUCAGGAGUUAGCAUAAAUUACCAUUUAAUGUAAGUGAGAUGUGGGCCUGGCAUUGUCUUCUGAAAUUCCCAUGUUCUAGUUAAAAAUAUUUCUUUCUCCUAGACCUUGUCACUAUGAAAGCUGUGAGAAUCCUUGUAAUUAACACCCUUUGAGUCCUGCAUGAGCCAGGAGGAGGGAGGAAGUAUCCAAUCUCCUUUGUCUGCUUCUAUCCCUUACUGGUGCUGUAGGUGAGCCUAGCAGUACUCUCCUACAUUGACCUGGCCUGUUUCAGGACACAGCUGUUGCUCUUCACUGUUUAACCUGGGACUGUGGCCCAAACCAAACUCAUGUGCUUUGCCACUGAGGCUUACUGGAACUGCCUGGUUGGAUGAAUGGCACUCAGUCACCCAAGGACUGUAUUUUGUAAUGUUGAACAACAGCAGAUAUUUCAAAGAAUAAUAUGUAUGAGUUGUGCUGAACAAGUUUUAACAACCUUUCCUUUGGGGAAUUUUGUUCUUGACCCAUUUAAAUUAAUUACUUGCAUUACUAUUAUCGUCAUUAAAAAUGGAAGUACAAAUACUUGAUCCUUUAGGUGCUGUACAAACACUGCACUGUUCUUUUGUCAUUCUUUUUUUUUUUUCCUGAAGUGUAAGAGUUUAUAUCCCUAACUUGUAAAAACUAUUUAAUGUAACCAGCCUUCAUCUUCCAUAUAAAUGUUUAAAUUUUUUAGUUUUAAUCUAAGCUCUCAAUCCCAGUAUUUUCUGUCAAUGUAAACCAUUAUAAUUUUAUUCUCCAUAGCACAUAAUUUCUUUUUGUGCUUCCUGAAGUAAUUGCCUUUUGUUUUCAUUAAGUAACAUCUAUCCUUGUGUUCUCAGCCACAAGAGGAAAUAAGGGGCCUGGCUUUAUGUUCUCUGUUACAUAUUAUUCUAGAGAUAGCUCCUUUUCUAAGAUUGGCUUCUCUGUCUCUCUUCAAUCCAAACUGUCUAGGGGGUUUGAUAUCAAGCUGACUGUCUGUGUCUUCUCUUUCUGGUGGGUCUUUAAACUUUGGUAAACAACUGAAUGCAGUUUGCCAGGGGAGGCUGUAUCCCUUGCUGAUUAUUUUAGUCCAGUUUUCUAUAGCAGCAAUUCUAUAAGUGAUUUCAGUGCUAUGUUUGUAUGCUGGAGCUAGUUUUAAACUUGCUAGUGUGGUCUUCGUGGCAGCCUUGCUUCAAGGGAUGAAAACCCACUGAGGUUAGCUCUCUGUGUGUCUCAGGCAGGUGCAGCUGUCCCACUGAGCUCACAGAAUUUGCUGUAGGUCUGUCUGGGGAACUCUGGGCAGGGAGCACCUGGAGAGCUGUGUAGAUCUUUCCCUGUGCUGACAUAUGUGGAGGGCUAAGACAGUCCACCUUCACAGCAUUAAUCCAUUGGAUAAGGCUAAUGCAUGUGCACUGGUUCCAGGAGCUGAGAGAUCAGUCAGUGUUGCUGGUGGCUGCACUGUGCCACAUGGAUGCUCUGAGAGAGCUUUUCAUAGCAAAGUGGCACAUCGUGGUUGUGUGGGAAAGGGAACAUCACUGUGAGUGGCUAGGAGCAUUGGCAGGAGUAGAAACAUGGCUAUAGUAAGGAUCUAAGGAGCAGCUCUUAGUGCUGAUCCUAUCCCUCCUUGAGAGAAUACUCCAGUGCUCCAAAGGCUGCCCCAGUACUGGGAUCUUUCUGACCUGCAGUGCCUGCAGUGGUACUAUCUCAAACCUGUACACACUUUGGCUACCUGAAGCUGGAUUAAAGAUUUAUCACUUUCUUGUAGCUGAACACUGUUCUGAUGAAUUCUAUGAAUUAUGUUCUUUGCUAUAAUUAAUCAGGCAGCUGUUUAUUAACCUGGACAAGAUGUCAAUUACCCUUGUAACUGCUGUAAAACUGUAGCAGAAAAGAACAGAUUUCUCUAAGUUUCUCUAAGGUUUUUCUAAGUUUCUCUAAGGUAUGACUGGAGGCAUUGGUGAGGAACAAGGAAAGUGGGCAUUUGCUAUCUCAGGGGUAACAGAGGUAGAUCUGCCUUUUGUAUGUCUUCCUUUCUUUCUGAAGCCUGUAUCCUGAAGCCUUUUCACCCCAAAAGAGCUGCAGUGAUUCAUCAAGUACUUGAAGAAGGAUUUUAAUGCAUAUAUUCGACAAUAAGAUGAAAACUUCAGAGAGAUGAAACUACACUGUGGUAUUUAACACUAUCUUGAUAGACUCUCUGGGAGUUUCUUACAGUUAGAGAGAACAGAAUCACCUCUGGUGGUAACCAAGUUGAGACUACUCCUUGUAGAACAAGGCACUGUGACCUGUACUAAUGCACAUCUCCUGGGCUGUUUGGAAAAAUAUUUAAUUUUCCACAUCAGAAACUUCUUUGUGUAGUAGCCCACUCAAGUCCUAUUAAAACCCCUUUCUACUAAGGGCUGAGUACCUCUGAAAUCAGUCAAGUGCCAAAGCUGUCAUGUCUCCUGGAUCACCACCAAUGGCUCACAAGUUAUGCUAAUAAAUGGAUUAUACUAUGA